GUUUAAUAAAAACAACAACAACAACAACAACAACAACGACAACAUUAAAACAUCUAUGCCAAACUUUGGAUUUUUCUUUAGCAAUUUUGUACUUUUACCAACAUUAGGAUUUACAACAGGGGUAAUUACAUUUAUCAAACCUUGGCCAACAUUGUCAAAAGAUGAAAUAAACAAGAUUAAAUCAAAUACUUUUACUAACGAAGAUGUUUUGUCACGCCUUCAAAAAGAAACAUUACCAGAAAUUAUAGAAAGUUCAAAAAAAGAAAACAGUACUACAACCGUUGUUUCUCAAGGUCAACUUUUACCAUUACCACAUCAUAAAUAUCAUAUAGGCAAGGCAUUAUUGAGUAGAAAGGGGCAAAUUGAAAUUGACCCAAUUAUAACUAGGAAUAGUGAAGAAGUAAAUGCCAUAUUUCAUUUUGGUAGUGGAUUAAUUAAUGAAAAAGGCUAUAUUCACAAAGGCAUUGUUGCAUUAGCUAUGGACGAAGUAUUAUGCUAUUGUGGCUUUCCACAUUUACCCAGUAAAAAAGGCGUGACCGCUAAAUUAGAUUUAGAAUAUUUGCAGGAUAUACCUUCGGAUACCACUGUUUUAUUGAACUGUAAAGUAAAAGAAGUCAAGGGUAGAAAAUGCGUAAUCACGGGUGAAUUAAUUUCACUGCCAAAUAGUUAUAACGGUAAUAGUCAUUGGUAUGAUAAUAUUUUUUUCGGUAAUAAUAGAAAUAACAAGAAGGAUUCUACAGUUUAUGCUACAGGCAAGUGUAUAUUAGUCGAACCAAAAUGGUUUAAAUAUUUAAAAUGGAUUGAUAUAUUUGGUUGA